AGCUGAUAUCCACAGUCACUAUAUAAACAGGGCUAUCUGAGAGACAUGUGUGUAGCAGCUAUAGAGUAAGCAGUGUUAGUGUUACAAGGCACAGAAGUGACGAUAAGAAUGAAGACCCUUCUGCUUCUGCUGGUAUUGUAUGUAGCAUCCUCCUCUGCAGCUCCUGCGUCUUCAGAAACAGAAGAUGACAAAAACAUCCAGCUUGUGAAGACUUAUCUACAAAAUUUCUACGAGCUUGAAACAGACAAGCAGUCUCGCUUUAAGAGUAAAAACAUUAAGCCUCUAACUGAAAAACUCAAGGAAAUGCAGGCAUUUUUUGGGCUGAAAGUGACUGGGAAACCAGAUGUUGACACUUUGAAGUUGAUAAAGAAGCCCAGGUGUGGUGUACCUGAUAUUGGUCAGUAUGUCCUCACUGAUGGAAAUCCAAAAUGGGAAAGAAAGAAUCUGACAUACAGGAUUGUGAAAUACACACCAGAUAUGAAUCCAGCAGAUGUGGACGAAGCAAUCCAAAAGGCGUUUAAAGUUUGGAGUGAUGUGUCACCACUAACAUUCAAAAGGAUCUACGAUGGCAAUGCAGAUAUAAUGAUGUCUUUUGAAAUUGGAGAUCAUCGUGACAAUUCUCCCUUUGAUGGACCUGAUGGACUCCUGGCUCAUGCCUUUCAGCCUGGCAAUGGUAUUGGUGGAGAUGUCCACUUCGAUGAGGCGGAAUAUUGGACAAAAGGCUCAAAGGGAUACAACUUGUUCUUUGUUGCUGCCCAUGAACUUGGCCAUUCACUGGGUCUGUCUCAUUCUACUGAUCCUGGUGCCCUGAUGUACCCCACCUAUUCCUACACUGAGCCUAACGAAUUUCGCCUUCCUCAGGAUGACAUUAACGGCAUUCAAAAGAUCUAUGGACAGUCAGAUAACCCCAUUCAACCAACCGGACCCACAACGCCAGGAACUUGUGACCCCAAAUUGACUUUUGAUGCUGUCGCUACCAUGCGUGGAGAACAGCUGUUCUUUAAGGGCAGGUAUUUCUGGCGCAAGCAUCCUCAGAUGACAGAGGUCGAACUCAAUUUCAUUUCUUUAUUCUGGCCAAAUCUGCCAUCUGGAAUUCAAGCUGCUUAUGAAAAUGUUGAAAGGGAUCAAGUUUUUCUUUUUAAAGAGAACAAAUAUUGGAUCCUCAGUGGGUAUGACUUAGUGUAUAACCACCCAAAAAGCAUCUAUGACUUGGGCUUCCCAAAAACAGUUAAGAGAAUUAAUGCAGCUUUCAGUGAUGAGAAUUCAGGGAAAACAUACUUCUUUGUAGGUGACAAGUACUGGAGAUACGAUGAAAACAGGCAGUCCAUGGAUCAGGGUUAUCCAAAGAAGAUAAUCAAUGAGUUCCGAGGAAUUAGCAAAAAUAUUGAUGCUGCUUUCCAGUAUGGUAGAUACAUCUAUUUCUUCAUAGGAACAAGACAGUUCCAGUUUGAUCCUAACGUCAAGAGAGUUGUCAGUGUCAUGAAAAGCAAUAGCUGGUUUAAUUGCUGAUUAAUUCCAUUGAUUUCCUUCUUGCAUGUUACAGUUGUUUUAUAUGCAGUAUUAUUAAUCUAUUAAUAGAUCUUAAAAAAUCAAAAAAAUUGUACAGUUCUCUGGCCUGAGGCUCUGGGAGCUCUGUCUGAAUAACUUCAGAAUGUUCGAGUACUGUCAUUAUGUAAUUUAUUGUAUUAUUAUGGGCUGGACUUUUGAUUACCCAUAAAGUAUUUUA